AUGGAUGAGAUCAUUGGAGAAGACUUCACCAAGUUGGAUGUAUGCCUGGCACAAAGAUUAGCUAUGGGUGUACUGGUCAAUGCUAACUGUCAAGCCUUUGAAAAAGUUAUUAAUUACGCUUCUGAAAACAUGAUGUUAGAUUCAAAACGCAAGUGGCUUAUUAUUUCUGUCAAUGCAGAUAAAUUGAGUGAAGCAAUAGUAGAUGAUUACAAUAUUAACCAUCUGGUAAAAAUUAAUAACGAAACCAACAUCAAUGAGAAUGAUACCGAAUGUAAUAACGGAACGGAUGUGUUAUGUUGUAAUAUUACUGAGUUCCUUGAUGACAUGGUGAUACUUAAUGAUACAAAUAAUAAAAGAGAUUCAGAAUCAGGUGAACAUACGAAACAGAAUAAAUCUAAUGCUCAUGUACCUGGUGAAAUACAAAAGUGCGAAGGGAAGGUAUUUGCAAUACUCGACAAGCUCAACAUUAGUGUGGACGCUGAUAUAACUUAUGCUGAAACUACAGACAAUGAUACUUACGAGUUGUUUGAAAUUUUUAACUUCGGUAAGAUACAAGGUGGAUCGUUACUUGUAACAAAGAUUGGUUCUUAUUCUAAUGGAUUAAGUCCCUCUCGAGACUCGUCUUACGCUUAUUACAAAAGAUGGGACUUCAACAAGCUGAACAUGAGAAUAAUCGUAGUGAUGUCUCCCAUACCCGAGGUUUUUGAUCCAGCAAUGAUCCUGGGGAGAACCCGCAAUGCCAGGACAGCGGUGGUCAUUCAGAUCGGCACGCAGGUUAUUCAGACUGUCGCUGAGUUACAUAAUAUUGAAUUAGUGUACACGGUCGUGGAUCGAUGGGUAGGCGACUUCCAAAGAAACGGCACCUACACGGUAACCAACGCGUUGAACUUCCGUGAAGCUGACAUAUCGCCUAUCAUACGGUUCAUUCCGCCAUUUUUUGGGAAACUAGACUUUGUCUCUACUGUUUUGAGUAGUAUCGAAACCAAAUUCUACUACCGCAUACCCUCUUCCGGUCCUGGAAACUUCGAAAACCAGUUCCUCACACCGCUAACCGCUGGUGCCUGGUGGGGGGUGGUGGGGUUGUGUGUGGUCUGUGGUGUGGUGCUGCUGACAUCAUCGCUGUUUGAGGAGCGACCCUUUUCACUGCCGUACUCAUUCUUCUCCGUCUUCGCUUUGGUCUGCCAGCAGUUCUUUGAAGACACCGAUGAAAAAGGAAUUAAAAGAUCAUCUGCAGCUCGUAAAAUCACCAUUCUCAUCACCGGCAUGUCGUGCGUGCUCAUCUACAACUACUACACCAGCAGCGUGGUGAGCUGGCUCCUCAACGGACCUCCUCCCUCCAUCAACAGCCUCGCCGAGCUCAUCAACAGCCCCCUGCAGCCGAUCUUCGAAGAUAUUGGCUACACCCGGUCCUGGUUGCAGCUACCAGACUACUACUACAACAAAAGAAACGCAGAAGACGAAGACAAGCUCAAGAAGAAGAUUUUUAAGCAAAUGAAAAAGAUGUCGAUAUUUAGGACCGUAGAUGAGGGCAUCGAGCUGGUGAAGCAAGGAGGUUACGCGUAUCACACGGAAACGAAUGCAGCUAACGACCGCAUCUCGAGGACAUUCGAUCAGCGCGAGAUGUGCGACAUGGGCUCGCUGCAGGUCAUGGAGAAGACCAUGCUGUUCGCCGCCGUGCAGCAGCACAGCCCGUACAAGGAGUUCUUCAACUGGAGCUUCAUGAGACUCAACGAGCGAGGGAUCAUUUCGUGCAUCCGUGCUCGCAUGUCGUCCCAGGAGUCCUCCUGCGAGGGCAGUUCGCCGCGAGCGCUGGCGCUGGGCGGAGCAGCGCCCGCGUUUAUACUGCUGUUGGGCGGAUACGUCCUAGGGAUGCUGAUCAUGAUGAUGGAGAGAUGGCAUUAUAGAUAUCAGGGGAAUCAAUUGCAGCUUUGA